CGCAUCGCAUCAACAAAAAGCGAGUUCAGCUUUUUGUCAUGGGAGAAAAAAAAGUCGCAAAGAAUUAGUUAAAACAAACACAAGAAAACUAAUUAACUAUCAGGGUUUGUAAGUCGAGACUUCGGCCUUCGACCAGGCCAGUUGUGAUUGAAAAGGGAAGAUGGAAACGGUCGAAGUGGAAGAAAUACCGGCGAACGAGGAACCCGCUCAAAUCACUGGCCAGAUUUUUGUCCAAGAAGAGGGAACUCGCGUGUUGGAGCCGGAAAUGCAUGAUAGUGAAUCUAAACACCACGAGAUUGCUCGAUCUGAAUUUGAUAUUACCAAAGUCAGCUUUGAGCUUCAGCAAGGAUACAGAAUAUAUACAGAACUGUUGUCUGAUACUAACCGAAACGUCACAUGGCCAUUUCUGGAUCCCGUGGACGCCGAUUCACUUGGUCUUUGGGACUACUAUGAUCGCAUCAAGCAACCAAUGUGCUUCUCSUCUAUUGGUUCCAAAUUCAGAGAAAAUAAGUACGCAAGUAUAACAGAAGUUAUAGCAGAUAUUAGACUGAUUCUAGAGAACUGCUAUCGGUAUAAUGGCCCCAGCCACUGGGUAUCCAAAUUGGGACAGAAAUUAGAAAAGAUUUUGGAGCAGAAACUUGCAUUAUUAAACAGGUCUCUGCGAGAGAAAGUGACCCUUUCAGCUACAAUGUCUGUGACCAAAGGUCUUCCACUAAAUGACUUUGAAGUAUCUGGACGCAGAAGAUCAAGCCGUCAGAACUAUCUCAGUAUGGUGAAUGGYGAAAACUCCUCAUCUCUUGUCAAUCAUCUSAAAAUCAUUGAAGAAUCAGAAGAGAAAGAAAGAAGAAGGCAAAGAGAUAAAGAGAAGAAAGAAGCAAACCAAGCAUUGUUGCAAGAUUUGAUAGAAUGGGAAGARAAAGARCUWACUGCUGAGACCAUURAUCAGCUACAUUCAAUGUGGGAGAUCCCUUCUAUUGGUAGUCUAUUAUACAUGGCCAGAAAUAUUCUUGGUAUUGAGGAUAUCAACCUAACGGAAUUUGAGCUGUCAUUUGCGUAUCCCAACAAAUCAUCUCUUCUGGCUAGAAUCUUCACUGCUCUACUUAUAACACCCCACCAAAGAAAAAGUAUCUAUAAGAGGCCUGCUAUGAAGUUUAAAAUGUGGGAGUCUAAGCUUAAGGAAAAGCUUGAUGCCUGGUACAAAAUGCUGGAAAAAGAUGGGGAAUACCUGGUUUCACUUCACUUUGGCAUUGAAUUGAAGUUCUUUGAUCUUCUUGGAGUAGAAAAGAACCCACUAGARGACCAAUCCUACUUGGAUCUGACAUUGCACCAGCGUGUUUGGGUGCUGAAAACUCUUGCUGAUGUUUGUUUUCACAAAGACUACGAUAUUCGUGAUAAAGUCAAUACCAGCGAUCUGAUGGAACARCGUGAACUCUUUCUUGGCUGUGAUAGUGAUGAUCAUUGCUAUAUCUACUUCCCAAUAUUCCAGACAACAGACUUGCGUAUCUACAGGCAUGAUCCCUUGAAAGUUCCUUCACUUGAGCCUGAAAAAGAGCCAACACCUCCACCAACACCUCCCCCRCCAAGUCCUCCCCUACCGUCUCCCCCUGAGAAAAAGAGAACAAGACGAACUCCAGCCAGGUCAUGCACUCCAAGAUCAGCAAGACUUAGACAGCUGAGAAGUAAUGUUGAAAAAGAAGAUGAUACUGAAGAGAAUUUGCCCUCAAAACAAGAAGAACAAGAAACAAAAGUAAAGGAAGAAGAMAAAGSUUCAAAUCAAMCUGAAGAAGAAAGCAAACACAAACAGCUCAAUGGAGAAGAAAAGCAUAAAAACGAUGCACAGGCAGGAGAAACAAAGCAAGGAGAUGAUGGACAGAAAGACAAAGAUAAAGAGRUAAAUUCUGAAAASGAAGAACAAACUGCUGGACUUGAAUCAAAGAAAGAGGAAGAACAGACAGACAAGGACAAACAGGAAUCAUCUGAAAARGUAGAACAAACUGCUGAAACUAAGCAAGAAGAAKKACAGACAGACAAAGCCAAASAAGAACCCUCAGAAAAGGAGACUAGUGAAAAAGAAUCCAARCCAGAAAUUCCAAAACCACCACCUCCUGUCUUCAAAAGUGAAGAUGGCUUCCACAUGGCUUGUCAUGAUAUUGAAACAUUGAAAGCAUUAGCUGAAAAAUUCGCUGAACCUCCUGCUCCACCACCACCMCCCUCAAAAAAGAGAGGUAGGAGAUCCAGACCUCCCACACCAAGAAAACGUUGUGUCGUAGACCUCCAUGAGACUCUUUUGGCUUURCUUCAAGAACUUGAGAAAUAUGAAGGAGCYUUCUCAAGGAAUUUCACCAAGGCAAAGAUAAAGAUUAUGAAAGAAAGCCUUGAACCUGAACCUGUUGAAGAACCAGARCCUGAACCAGAGCCAGAAGAAGCAACAGAAGACUGGGGUAGUGAAGCAAGUGAUGACGACGCAGGAGCUAAAAAUGAUGCUAAAGAYGAAGACUUCAGAAUUGAAGAUGAAUACGAUGCUAAUGCUAAGAAAGAGGAGGCAGAGCAGAUUAUAAGUGACAGCGAUGAAGGAUCAGGAGUUGGCAUCCAAACUAACCCUCUAUUGAGCAAGCGAAAGCGUAAGCUUGGYAAAGAUGAUGACACCUCAAGCAAUAGUUCAAUUUCUGUUCAAACRCCUGCACUUAAGAUCAGAAAGAAGUCAAAGAAAUGGAGCCCRACYAAGGAGAAGUUUUUCCCAAYAACUGCAGCUGCUGGUCCAGCUCCUACAGUGGUCAUAUCUGCCACAUCUGCUGAGGAGAGUCUUAGGGCAACAACUCCUAACAAUCCAGGCACYACAAAUAAGGUMUCCCCUGAUAAAAUUCUGCUGAAUGCCUUGGAGCAUGCUUURAAGAAAGCCAAGGAACAUGCCUUGCAGGRAAAGAGUGAAUUGCCAGGAAAUAAGCCUUCUUCMAGCUCUUCAGCGGCUUUGACCCUGUCACCAGGAACCACAGUGUCUCCAAGGAAGCGUGUCCUGSUUUCACCUGARGGCAAGACUCAUGAAAUCAAACCWUCUUUUCAUGUGUUAAGUUCUCAGAAUCAACUACCUGUAUCMUCAACUCUGCCAUCCCAUCCRCCCAUUCAAAGAAAGAGUGARGUAUUGAAAGCAAUCAGCUCAAAAACUGGACCCAUUGCAGUAACCAUAGGAUCACAGGGUAUAAGUACCACACMCAAAGUACAAACCACKCCCAAGGUACAGCCUUCCCAAGGAAGAAACAUCAUUGGACCUGGAACAACUCAUUCGAGACCAAACAUAUUAUCUAAAAGCAAGAAAAACACUGUUAUAAAUCCAAAGACUGGGUUACCAGGCCAGGUAGUUGCUAUGGUUUCCAGUAAUCCCAGCAGUGUUCCUGGUAAUGUUAAGAUAGUCCCAGUGAUGACCAGUACAACAAAAUCAUCAACAACCAACUCKAUGCUUAUAAAGGAAGGAAUUUCCAAUAGCAAUUCAUCAAAGACAAUYAAUGCUCUUGGCCAAACCAAAGUUAUUAUGACGAAGGAUGGCAUCACYAAAGUUUUUCCAAAUGGUGCCAAUAAGACAGUUAAAGGAWCAACAAGCACCCUACCCAAAACUCAACCUACGUUAAAACAGGUAACCCAACCUGUGACAUCUCAGACAAAAAUCCUCUUCAUACCAGCUUCUUCUGUUGAUGCUAAGAGUCCAUUAGCAAGCUUUAAACCACAGACAAUAACGACAAGUAAUGGRCAGAGUAUUCAUGGCUAUGCUGUUGUCAUGCCGCCAGGCUCGGCACAAGAAGUAAAUGCGGUUAUUAAUUCUUCUUUAAAGAAACCGCUGCACCCUUCUYUGAUGCAAGGAAUCAAUAUUGUUCAGGGAAAACCCUCUGUGGCUGUCUCCCAGGGAAAAUCCACAGYUGUAGUACCUCAGGGAAAACAAACAGUGAUAGCAUCUCAGGGGAAACCCACGGUAGUGACAUCACAGGGUAAAACCAGUGCUACCAUUCCCCUGGGAAAAACAUCUAUGCUGGGUUUACAUGGAAAACCAACAGCUGUAGUCACACAAGGAAUUCUCCCAGUUGCACAGGGAGUAUCCACAGUAACAGUUUCUCAGGGAAAACCCAUAGCUGCAAUCUCACAUGGGAAAUCUACUAUUAUAGUUCCACAAGGAAAACCAACAAAUGCCAUUUCACAAGCAAUUUCAACAGUUGCUCAGGGAAAACCCAUAGCUAUGAUUGGACAAGAAAACUCUUCAAAUUCCAUUUCUCAGGGAAAACCCACAUUUAUAGUUUCCCAUGGAAAAUCCACCAAUUUACAUGGACAUACURGUGUGGUAUUACAGGGAAAACCAUCUAGUGCAAGUUUACAGGCUAAAACAUCACUGACAAAUCUACCUGGUUCAUCAGCAGUCAUGUCUACUCAGAGAAAACCUGAUUUGCCAGUUGGAAAGGCAGUUUUACCAGUGAAAACACCAGGAACUUCAUUUGCAGGACAAUCUACUAAUCUACAAAGCAAAGUAACUACUUCGGUUUUGCCAGUAAAAACACCAGGAACUUCAUUGGCAGGACAACCUACUAAUCUACAAAGCAAAGUAACUGGUUCGGUUUUGCCAGUAAAAGGUACAACAUCUGAACAAGGAAAACCAGUCAGUGUUUUACAUACAGCUACUCAGGGAAAACCCACAACGUUUAUAGUACAGGGGAAACCCACCGCUGCUCUUUUGCAAGGAAAACCUGCAGCAAAUGUUCUACAAGGAAAUUCUGCAGUUAGUUUGUUACUUGGUCAGAAUUCCACUACUCUUCAAGGAAARCUCRUCACUGAUGCUCAGGGRAAAACCRUCAGUACAGUGCAGGGGAAACCCAUGAUUGCUAUCCUUCAAGGAAACCCCAAUGAAAGCAAAGGUGCUAAAAUGGUACUUGGGAGCUCUGAUGUCACAGCAUUCUUAAAUAGUCUUGGGAAGGUACAGACCAGAGUAGCAACAGUUCCACAGGCAAAARAUACUACAAAAACCCAACCUGUGUCCACAACUGUUAGCACUGUUCAGWCUUGUCCUAAAAUGACUUUGAACCUUCCAAUUCAAUUCGCAUCUAAUGUUGCAGUUCCAGCUGUAGUUUCAACACCAUCUGCUGUUUCUGCUGCAGGAGGAGCACCAUUAAAAAUUCCUGGUAAUGGUGCUGUCAGAACAACACAGACCAUAGCAAGUGUUACAAGCACAUCAUCGACAGUUAGUAUSAAGACAGCUCACCCUAGCUCUAGUGUGAAACAGACAACAGCUGAUAGUGUAAAUCCUACRGGUCACYCCRCAACRAAAAAYGUAAMUCUUCUUCAACUUGCUCAGAGUAUGAUUUCAGCCAGUACUGGAAGUAKUACAUCACAGCAAGUUAUUGACUCYCCAAGUUUUGUUAAUCCUUCCACYGCCUCAACAAAGCUYGCAAUGUCAUCUAGCAAAACUUAUCCUCAUUCUACAAGUGAUUCRGUGAUGUUAARUGUUGUUGGCACUACYCAGCCUCAGUCUGGAGUUACGAUUGCCAGUGUCAAUCAGCCUCCACUUGGUGCUCAUUCUGGUGUUACAAGUGUAGCUGUUUCAGCUGCGCACMMCAUUCAGCCUCAAUCUGAAGUCAUUACUSCAGCUUUAAGUUCCCAGCCCCCUCAKCCUCAUUCUAGUGUUGCAAAGACAGAUAUWUCAAGUGMUAMCACUAAUAGAACUGAAMCUUCUGAACGAAUUCUAAAAAACGAAACAGUUAGUGCGGAUUCAUUGCUGUGUGGUGAAAAGAUUGAGCAGGCAAGCAAUUUUAAUCAUUUACAGUCAUUGACUAGUAACAAUUCAGYAGAGAGUUCUACAAUAGGAGAGUCACAAACCAAUUCUGUAAAAACAGCUGAACUAUCUUUAGAGAAAAACUUGAGUACAUCUGAAGUUGUUGAAAAGCAUCCAAAGGUCUCAGCUUCCUGUAAUGGAGUUGUUGAGCAUAAAUCAUUACAAGACAUUGAUUUGAACACAAAUGAAUCAACAUCUAAAGGUGUCAAUUGUGUCUCAAAUUCUAAUCUUUCAACUUUAAUUGAUUCAACGAACUCUGCGUCAAAGAACAUCAUUUCUGAUACCAGCUCAAUCACGGCGAAAAAUAAAAGUACAAUAAGCACGAUAUCAAAGAACUUGCCAAAUGAUAUUCAAACUUCUUCAACGUCGACUAAUAAUACAUUGAACAUCAACCCAACAAAUGCWAGAUACAGUUCUGCUGAUACUGUGUCUCGAGACAAUGCUAAUAUUCUAGCAACCAAUGGACUUCAUUGUGCAAAAGACAGCGAGGAAACAUGUUCAACUAUAUGUARUACAGCCAAGUCCACCACAGUUACAACUGCAUAAAUUAUAAUAAAUUAUUAUUAAUGAGCUUCUAGGGGCUGCUUGUUUAGAGGGUGGAUUGCACUUUCCAACAGAUAGAUCCUAAUUCAGUGGAUAAAAUACAUGAUGUAUUGUAAAAUAGAUAAARUUAUCAAUUAUAAAAUGUUAUCCACCCUUUCACAAGUAGCUCCUUCGUGUUAUUUCCCAGAGGGAUGUUGGUCCAAAUAAUGAGGCCAAACUAACCCCCAUGGGAUUUGAUUUGACGCAUUGGUGCACAAUUCCAACGGAGUUUUUACAUUGAUACCUGUUUUUUCAAUAGAUAGGAUGAAUUCAACUUGAAUUACAAAUUAUUUUAUUUGAAUGUUUGUACUGGAGCAGCAGAGAAAUUUUUUAACUCUCUGAUGCUUUGUCAAAAGAGAUUCCUUGUCUUGAAUGAUUAUGAACCYUGUUGAGUUCACAACAUCCACAUUCAUUCUAAUAAUCCAAGUUAAUAAUCUGUGGAGGGCUAUUCUCCUCUGUAUGCAACACUUCUUCCAUCCUUUGGGCUUCCUUUGUAAUAUUCUUAAAAAUGGAAUGCAAAAAGACAGUAAGCCCAUGAUGAUAGUGGUGUCUACAGCAGGGUACAGCAGGGAUGGUGUGAUGAGGGAUCAAAAAUUUCCACUGCUUGAAGUGUAUUUGAUAAUGUUUUUUGUAAAAAACAAUUUGUCAAACUAUUUCAAUAAAUUUGUACUUGUUUUCAAUAAAAAUAUACUAUUUACAAUGUAA